ACGCAUGGGCUUUCGUCGUGGUUUUAGCAGCGCGACGCAAUUGUGCACUACACAGGCCAUUCGUAACACCUGUGGUGCGCGCAUGGCUUCAGCUCUGAGUCGACAAGCUUUGAGCCGACAAGGGGCUUUCCAAAUCCCCAUGCACGCGUUCUGCAAGACAAGCGCAGUUUAUUUAGUUGCUUUCAGCUAGUAAAAUUUGAGAAUCACGUUUCCUGUGUUCUUAUGAUAUUACAUAUAUGAACAUCCAGGAGGUCCAAGAACAUGUUAGAGCAGAACAAGAACGGCUCCAAGGAGCGGCUGAUGUCGCGGACAUCGGAACAGAAGUUUUCCAUGUCUUCGACGUUAAAAAUCGUUAUUUCUAAUAAUUCUCAUACGUUAUAAUGUAUAUUUAUUCAGGUUUCAUAUCAGAGCUUUCCACGGAAGUUCGUUACGCUGCCCUUGUGCUGAAGCCAUGCGCGCACCACAGGUGUUACGAAUGGCCUGUGUAGUGCACAAUUGCGUCGCGCUGCUAAAACCACGACGAAAGCCCAUGCGUUUUAAAUUCGCAGAGCUGCCAACAUUCGUUGAAAAUCCGCAACGGCGAAGAGCCGUUAGCCUUUGUGCGCGCAUUCUCGAUCUCCUUCCCCACGCGCUCGCCACGUCCCGAUGUCUACAUAGGCUCGCCAGUACUCUUUCCUCUCAGCCAGCGCGAACGUUAAGCUUCGUGUGUGCUUUCGUUCCUUCUCCUCCUCCUCGGCAGGGUACACGACGGUGCGCGCGUGUGUGUGUGUGCGUGUGUGCAUGUCAGUGCCUUUGCCUGUGCUGGCCCAAGCGCGGUUAAAAAAUCCGUUGAGCUUUCUCCUGUGUACCGAGCGGGGGCCGCAAGUGUGGAGAGCGUUCGCCCUCUCUCCUUCUCCUGAGCGAGGGCGUUCCAGGCUAUAUAAAACACGCCCCCGCCAACGAGCUUCAACGUUUGAGCAAGCUAGACUGCGUGUCGCUCUGCGUGAUCGAAGAAGCUUGAAAAUAUGUCGUCUCGCAUCUGCGCCUGGGCCCCUGCCUGUUCCUGAAGCUCCAGACCGCCAGGUCCACGCUACCUCAACGUUCCUGGGUGAGCCGUCCUUAACAGAGGGUUCUGCUGUAACGGAUCCCGGGGCUACAAAAGACGAGCCGCGUCUCUCGCUGCACUCGUUGUCAUGGCCGCCACGAGAAUUGACCCCAAUAUUGUCACCAUCUGUCAAAUUAUCAGCGAUGCAGCUGCGGAGGAAGAGUUCGUACGAUCGCUUCGGCUUGCUCCGGCUUCAAGCGCUGUCCGCCCACCGCGCCCCAACUCCAGACCAGGUCGAGUGGCGUCGUCAGAGUACUGGGGCACCUGCAAGGACCUGGCGUUCAACCCGGACCAACCAACCUGCGAAGGCGAAGUCGUCACAUUGUAUAGGAAGACUCAGAAUGGACGCCGGGCUGCCUUCCGGUGCAACAGGUGCCGAAAGCAGCUGUCGCAGUUACACGGUACCGCUGCACUGCACGGGCAGAGAGGUGAGGGAAGUUACUUCGCCAACACGGACCGCCUCGGCCGCCCGAACGUCCACGUCUCCAGGCGGCAAGUGAUUUGGCUCACGUACUGCGUGAGCAAAAACAUAGGCACGUGGCUCAUGAAGGAGAUGACCGGCGACUUGCUUCAUCUGUCGGACCAUGUCAUCGCCGACUGGAGGAACUACGCUCGUGAGGUCGUGCGGGACGAGCUGCUGGCGCGACCCCCACUCGGUGGCCCCGGGAGGAUUGUGCAAAUUGAUGAAUGCCUCCUUCGCGGCAAGCGAAAAUACAAUCGAGGCCGCCUGAUGACGGGCGACAACGUUCCGCCGAGCCGCCAAAAUUACGGUGGCAUUGCAGAUCGUGGACCGUGGGUAUUCGGCAUGAUCUGCGUGACCACCGGGGAGCUCCGACUAUUCAAGGUCGACCGACGAGACGCGGCGACGCUAGGCCCCAUUAUUGCAGCCAACGUGGAACCGGGAACCACCAUCCACAGUGAUGAAUGGGCCGCAUACAACUGCAUCCCGAACUUAGUGGGGGCUAACGGAGCAAGACUGAAUUUGCAAUGGGAGGCUGUUAACCACAGCAUGAACUUUGUAGACCCAAUCACGGGCGCUCACACCCAAAAAAUCGAAAGCUACUGGCAGAAGGUGAAGCGCCACCUCGUCUCUUCCGGCUACAGGGUGACUCCACAGCUCCUCGAGUCGCACCUGAUAUGGCUAUGGUGGGCAUCGAUUAAUGGGCACAUGCGCUGCAAGGACUCGUUUCUGCGUCUAUUAGAAGCGAUCGCACGGCGCUACCCAGUGUGACAAAGUAACGGAAAAUAAAGCGCACUUUUUCUGACCCUUUGCUUUUGUAUGAAUGUUUCCCGGCAUUGCUGCGCGCCUCCAUACACGGUAGGCCCGCGGCGCUGCACUUCCGCAGUAAGCGACGCUCACUUCGCCUUUUGAAAGCCAAGUGCAAAAAGCAGGCGAUCGUGCAAAAGCCUAGUGCAGAAACCAGGCUCACAUCAAUCUGCGCUCAAAAAAGCGAUCGCAUAACAGCCUAGUGCAGAAACCAGGCGCACACCAAUCUGCGCUCGGAAAAGCGCGCGCAAGCACGUAGCGAGCCGCGCCAAUCCAAUCCAGAAGCCAAAGAAGAGGGGGGAAGUAAUGUGUGACACUAAGUUCAGAACUACCCCGGAUUCGUUUGACAAGCACCCACCCGACUUGCGGCCCUUGAUGCGUUCCCUUUAAUUGUGAAGUGAAUCGGGCAAGAUGGUAAUACACAGAGGCGCCCAAAUGCAUCCGAAAGCCUACCGGCAGGAGGCGAGCUGCGCUGUUCUUUCUUUUAACCUCUCAGUGUAAUGAAAACCAUGGUGGAAGACUGAGAAGUGUGUAAACUGUGUAGGGCCUCUGUGGAGAGUGCGGCACCACAACUCGCUAUUGUUUCUUGCGCUAGCCGACGGAUGGCGGAAGCAGCUUGGGACUCUCCUAUGCGGUUGCUCCAAGAUUUCACGCGUCAUGCUACUGCAUUUGGGGCAGGCUCCUUGGAAACAAUGGGUAGCCAGGUCUGGAUGUCAGGAGAGUCUUGAGAUGAAGGCAACCUGCUGUGCCCCAGCGUGCCCUCUUUUGUGACCCUUCUACAUCUUUAACCUAUCUUGCUAUUGUAUCUUGGGUGCCAUCUAUCCUAACAGCAUCACCAGCUGCGAUCACUGAGGUAAUACUAUGCCAAGAAAACAUGGCAGUGGCGAAGCCAUGGGCGAUCUGGAACAGUGUCGCCUGUGUUUCCUGAAAACUGUUUAUUAACAGUUAACAGCGAUGACUGGGGUGCUGUGCUGCAGGCAACUGGAGUCCUCUUCUCAUACAAGGGGAGCACUGAGCGGGAGACAAAACAUAGACUAAAAAGAGACAAAAUGCUUUUGACUGUCUCUGUGUUUAACCGUGUGUAGGCACCCACGUAUGUAAAUAAAUGUAAAGAGUUUUGUUCCGUUCCA